AUGUCGGAGCCGCGGAUCGAGCUUCCAGAAUGGUAUCCCGACUGGCUGCCCGCCGCGCCGCGAGGAGGCUCACCGCGGGACCAGUCGACCCCGGAAAGGGGAGAAGACGGCGAUCAGCAGCAGCCACGGCACCAAAAUGAGCUGCGCGCCGGUCCAUCGCAGCUCCUGGGCCCUCCCUCUAGCCCCGGCCUGCUGCCGGUCGACUCCCGCACUGACCGGAGCCUGACGAGCCAGGCCGGCGCCUCGUCGGACCGUGGCGGCUUCACGCGCGCGCCGCCGAAGCAGAUUCUCGUCACCCCUAGCGAAGACCGCACCGUCAAACGCAGGCUGCGCGGGAUUCACCUGUUUAUGAUCACGCUCAACGCCACGCUCGGCACAGGCCUCUACUGGCGCGGCGGGCAGAUCCUCGAGCUCGGUGGGCCCCUGGCUGUGUUGCUGGCCUUUCUGCUCGUCGGUAUCCUUGCUUGGGCCGUCAUGCAGUGCAUCACCGAGAUGCUGUGCAUCUGGCCGAUUCCUGGUGCCCUGUCGGUCUAUGUCAGCGAGUUUGUCGACGCCGAGCUGGGCAUCGUCGUCGGCAUUGCCUAUUGGUUCACCUACUCGGUCUCGUUUGCGGCCCUGGUCGCAACUUCGGCUGCUCUCUUCGACUACUGGCCCGCCCUCAGGGAUAACAAGCGCGUCGAUGGCGGAGUCAUCUACUUUGCAAUUCCUCUGGUCUUGACCAUGGUUAAUGGGCUUGGAAUCGAGAUCUACGGCGUCAUCGAGGUUAUCACGGGAACGAUCAAGAUCCUCUUUCUCGCUGUCAUCAUGGUGUUCAUGAUUGCCAUCAACGUUGGAGCCGGUCCUGCCCCGAGAGAGCAUCGGGGUGACUCUUACUGGUCUUCGCCCACGGUCUUUGACACGGGCGCUGCGCAAAACUGGGUGACUGCCCUCUUCAUGUCGAUAUCGAUCGCCACUUUCGCCUUUGUGGGCGUCGAGAUCGUCGCCGCUUCCGCCCUCGAAGCCAGGUGGCCCGGGUCUCGCAGCGAGGACCGCAUCGACUCGGGUCUCUCGCGCCGCUCCGACAAGCCACUGAUCGGCUCGUCGGUCAAGUUUUCUGCCAUCUUCCUGUCCGUCUUAGCCACCAUCGCCUACACCAUCAGCGGCGUCUUGGUCUCUCUCGACAUCCCCCGCGACGAUCCCAGCCUCCCGCGGCUCAGCUGGGUGACGACGACGGUUGAGCCCGGUAAGGACGAUGGGAGCGGCGCGCCGCCGUCCAUCACCACGUCUGCCUUUGUUGUCAUAGCCCUGCAGUCGCAGAUCCCGCACCUCGCCGACAUCUUCAACGCCUUCCUCAUCUUCACCGCCUUGACGUGCGCCCAGACCAACCUGUACGUCGCCUCGCGCACCCUCUUUGGGCUCACGAGCCGCCUCGACGGCGGAACUGGCCAGCCGUGGCUGCUGCGCGUGCUGGCCUGGUUUGGCCGCACCAACCGGCACAAGGUUCCCAUGCGCGCCAUGAUCUUCUCGUCCCUAGCGUUCUCGUGGGUGCCGUUCUUGCAGCUGAAGGGCGGGACCGGUACCGACACUGCGAUUGGCAUGUUCAUCGAAAUCCUGACGGAGAUGGGUUCCGUCGGCGUAUUGAUCGUCUGGGCCUGCGAGUGUCUCGCCUUCAUCCGCUACUACCACUGUAUCCAUCGUCACAAGGAAACCCUCCAGGCCGAAAAGAUCUCCCAGGUCCGCCGCUGGGAUCUGACCGAUUACAACGACUACCCCUACCGCAGCCACGCGCAGCCCCUACUCGCGUACCUCGCUCUUACCGGCUGCAUUUUCGUGCUGGUCGUGGCCAACGGCGCGGCGCUGUGGAACGGGUUCCAUGAUCUGGCGUUCCUCGCGUCGUAUCUGAUCGUCCUCGUCUUCUUUGCCCUCUGGGGUCUACUCAAGCUCAUUCACGGCGCCCAGUUCGCCUGGGUCGACCUGUCUAAUCCCCAGCACGUCAUCAAGAAGAUAAAAACGCUUCAUGAAAUACGUCUUGCCGCGACUUGA